AUGCACACUCGUUCUCGCUUGCUCGCACUCAUUCUUGCUGGCCUGUAUGCAUUGGUUCUCGCCAGUACCACUUGUUCUUGCUUGUACAUGCCCACUUUCACUUGUUUAUUUCUCAUUGUUCGUGUUCAUUCUCGCCCGCACACUUUCAUUCUUGUCUGCAUGUGUUCAUUCUUGCCUAGUUCAGGUGCACUGGAGAAGCUCGUGAGCGCUCCAUUCAUGCUUAUGGCUGAGGUUUCUGCUGCCGCUCGCAUUCAGGCCUUAAAUCAACACUUACAGCCUCCGCACAAGCCUCUCGUUCACUAUCGCGAGCCUCAAUUUCAACCCUCAAAACCUCACCAACCUCUCAUUCACCCUCGCAAGCCUCAAUGUCAAUCAGACCGUCAUGUGCCCACCACACAGCAAGAAUGGAUGACUCGCACCAGAAGGUCAGACCACCCUCUCGCAUCCUCUCGUACAUCCAGCGCACCCUCUCGUACAUCCAGUGCACCCUCCCAUACAUCCAGUGUACCCUCUCGCAUCCUCCCUCGUACCCUCUCGUAUCCUCUCUCAUACCCUCUCACAUCCUCCCUUCAUACCCUCUCAUAUAUUCAGCGCAUCCUCCUUCAUACCCUCUCAUAUAUCCACUGCACCCUCCCGCACCCUCUCUCGCACCCUCUCGCACCUACAAUGCACCCUUCAGGGAUGUAUUAA